AUGCUGCGGAUACUCACUGCCCUGCUGGGCCUGGGGCUAUGUCUGAGCCAGAGGAUCAACACAGAGAAACAGAGUCUCCAGAAACCUAUCAUCUGGGCCGAACCCAGUACCAGGGUCACAAAUGGAAAUGCUGUGACCAUCUGGUGCAAGGGACAUCACACUGCUACCCAUUAUCAACUGUAUUUUGAAGGAAGCUUUUCAGCCUUGGAGAGACCUAAGCCAAGUAGAGCAACAAAUAAAGUCAACUUCACCAUUCCACAAAUGACCUCACAUACCGCAGGGAAAUACACCUGCUGCUAUCAGAGUGGGGAGCGUCAAUCAAAGAGCAGCAAAGGCCUGAAUCUAAUAGUUACCGGUCUGUAUGACACACCCAACCUCUGGGUUCAUCCAGGACCUGAAGUAACCUUGGGAGAGAAUGUGACCUUCUUCUGUCAUCUGGAUUCUGGGACAAGCAAAUUCUUUCUGCUCAAGGAGGGAAGAUCCAACCAUGUCCAGCACAAACUUGGGAACAUCAAAGCAGAGUUUCCCAUGGGCCCUAUGACCAGAGCCCACAGAGGGACAUACAGAUGUUUUGGCUCUUACAAUGACCAUGUGUGGUCUUUCCCCAGUAAACCUGUGACACUACUCAUCCCAGGAGAUGUUGAUAACACCAGCCUUGCACCCACAGAUCCUACUUCUCUUGAUUAUUGGGAGUACAGCCUUUCAGCCGAAGAAGAAUCAGGAUUACAGAAGGACUUUGCCUUCUGGGAUCAUACAGCCCAAAAUCUCAUUCGGAUUGGUCUGGCAUGCAUAGUCCUGAUGACUCUAGUAUGGCUUUUGGUUGAAGACUGGCUCAGCAGGAAGAGGGAUAAAGAGGGGGCCAACAGAUCACCAAGUCGGGAGUACAAGAGAAGAUGGAGAGUCCAACAUUCCCUUGAAGAGGAACAAAGGAAUGCAAUUUCAAUGCGGGAACUGAAGGCAACUCCUGGACCUGGGGCCAUAUGA